GUAUUAUUUUCCUCUUUAUUUUUGUGAAUGAAAAGUGUAUCAGCGAGCACAGAGGGAGGAGUUGCACUGCUGCCCUGAGGGAGGUGCACUGUUGCACUGAAAGAGUUGCAUCGUUGCCCUGAAGGAAGUGCACUGUUGCCCUGGGGGAAUUGCUCAGCUGCACUGAAGGACUCGUCGGCGUAUUCCAGCAGAGAAGCAGGAAGGCCGUGAUCAGCUGCUCAACCUCGGUGAAAGACAAGACAAGAGAGGGAGCGAGACACCUUUCUCUCUUUCUCUUCUUUUCUUUUCUUUGUUGGUGUUUAAUUUCCCCUCUCUUUAUUCUUAUCAUUCGUACAUUUUUUCUGCUUCUUUUCCCUCUUUCUCGUCUCUCUAUUCCUGAAUUCGUCGCCGUUUCCCUUUCAUUUUCAAAGUUAUUUUCUUCUCUCGAACUAGAGUAGGAGUCGAACAUUCCAGACAAAAAAAAAUAUUAAGGAGCUUUCUGAACACAAACGUUUUCUACAGAAUUUAUUGUUUAAUCCUCUGUUUAAAUCGCCAUCUCUCUGCGUGACUAUCCAGCUGUCUGCCUGUCUAGUUGUUUAUCCAUCUAUUCUCUCUCUCUCUCUUUUUAUCUUUCUCUUUCUCUCGCUCCCUCGUCAUCUUAAAGCAGCCACAAUGCACGCGCUCGACGCAGCGCCCCUUGCAGGCCCGCCCGACCGGAAGCAGCUGGAGGUGUCGGUGGUGCCCCUCGCCGCCGCGCACAGCCUCCGCCAGAGACUCGAGCAGGUGUUCCGCACGAUGCUCAUGCUCUGGUGCAAGGAGAACUGCGCCCUCAGGAGCCUGCACCCUUUCGACUCCGAAUCGGACAAGGCCGUGACCGUGAGUCGGGAGUCGGGUGAGUUCGGGUUCCGGAUACACGGGUCGCGUCCGGUCGUGGUGUCGGCCAUCGAGCCCGACACGCCCGCGGAGACCUGCGGGCUGGAGGUGGGCGACAUCAUCAUCAGCAUCAACGGCUCCAACGUCCUCGACGCCUCGCACUCUGACGUCGUCCGCCUCGCGCAUGCUGGAUGCGACACGCUACGGCUGGAGGUCGCGCGGACGUGUGACGUACUGACUCCCCUAGUGACCCCUGACCCCACGCCCUUGUGCGCCGGCUACCUGUACAAGUUGGGCGGCGCGAGACACAGCUCCGGCGCGUCGGGAGUCUCGAGGACGUGGCACAGGCGCUGGUUUGCUCUCAAGAAGGACCACUGCUUGUACUAUUACAAGUCAGAAACGGAGCAGCAUCCUCUGGGCGCCGUGCACUUGCUAGACUACAGCGUCCACGCCCUCGCCGACGUGGGCAAGCCUUUCUCAUUCACCGUUGCCAAGUUCGGGGGCGUGACCUUGCACCUGGCCGCCCACACAGACGACGCCCGCAACAGGUGGGGACAGGUCAUCACGCAGGCCGCAGCACAGGCGAGCCAGAGAGACGAGUUGCUGGAGGUGUCCGCCCGGCGCGUGCAACAGGCGCCCUCCGCCAUCACGUCCCCCGACUGCUUCGGCUUCCUGCACAAGCUGGGGGCGCGCUGGCACCAGUGGAAGCGCCGCUACUGCGUGCUUAAGGACGCCUGCCUCUACCUCUACCACGACACGGAGGCGAACCAAGCUAUCGGCGUGGUGUACCUGCACGGCUACCGGGUCCAGAGCACGAGCAUAGGAGGAAAGAGGCACGCCUUCGAGCUGCUUCCGCCGGAGCCCAAGUUCAGACAUUUCUACUUCUACACGGAGUCUGACAGUGAUAAGAAAAGAUGGUUGGCUGCCUUAGAAUACUCAAUAGACAGAUGGAUCAAGGUGGGCUGACGCCUUUGUCCCAGCUGAAGGAAAGAGGUCCCACAGUCGACGGGGAAGUGGUGACAAGGACUGCCUUAGGGGAAGAGCUCUCACUGGAAGAUGCAAAAGAAGAAAAGGAAAGAGAGUCAGAGAAGGAAAAAAUGAGAGAUGACAUGGACGGCAACAAGAACAGAGAAGACUGAUAUAUGGCUGUGUGACGGUCUAAGGCUCUUGCCACACCGGUUCAGCCAUUCGUAGGAGAUCCUUCUAGUCUGGUAAUCCACUGUGGCCAGGGUUUGGGGAGGAAACUGAGAAAAAGCAAUGUACUUCGCAGCUAAUACUACAAAGUGAGAGGUUUUCAAGUCUAAGGCGAUGGUGCGGUUUGACAUGUUGGCUGUGGUCCAGUUGAUGUGGUUUUGAGUCUUAUGUAAGACAUAAAAAAGUCAAAAUGUGAGGCCAGACUGUUCCAUGAUGUAAGGGUUGUAAUUUUUUUUUUCUAAGGGUUGUGGGCCACUUCAUAAUUCCUUGGCCAUUCUCGAGGGCCAACUACAGUUGUGUUUCCUCUUCCGGCCACCAGUCAUUAUUGCAACCCACACGUGUGAAGCAGUACAUAAUAUUUAUGACAGGUUCUAAGACUGGAGAUCUAUUUUGUAAAGAGAGAGAGAGAGAGAGAGAGAGAGAGAGAGAGAGAGAGAGAGAGAGAGAGAGAGAGAGAGAGAGAGAGAGAGAGAGAGAGAGAGAGAGAGAGAGAGAGAGAGAGAAUUUUUUUUCCACAUUUUUGCCUAGAGAAAGAGAGGGAACAUGCUACCAACCUCCUCUUGCCAUUUUGUUAAGAACCUUUUGUGUGAUCACAGGUGUGCAGGUUGUGGCAGGCAAGCACUGCACAUACCAGACCCCAUUUUAUGUUUUAUUUAAGACACAAACAGACAGUGCAGAAGCUUGGAGAAGUCAGAAAAUGGAGGAUCUCUAUUUAUUUUUUUCUUUUCUUCAUUUUAUCUAUUUCCCCCAUAAGACAGACAAUGUUUGGAUAUAUAUGUAUAGACAAAAAAGUUGUUGUUUAAGUUUAGUCAUGUAUUUUAGUUAUAGAUGGGCAACUAUAGGUUAGUAUCGAUGGUUAUUUGUGACAAAAAUGUAACAAGAAAAUCAACUUAGAUUAAAAAAUGAAAAAAGAAAGAAAAAAAUGGUUAUAUUAGCAAUAUUUUAGACGGAGCAAAAUGUAGUCUUUUGUGUGUGUUUGCAGGCAACACAAACAUUUAAAUAAUUGUGUUAUUUUUUCUCAAGGUAGAUUUGUCUUUGGAGAUUAUGUGAAUCCCAUUUCUCUUCAUUCUUGAACAACCAAUUUAAGAAAAUAUGGAAAAAGGGGGGAUAAAGGCAAUCAAAUUCACACUUGACGAGGUGGAGCAUCACUUGACAACUUCUUAUAUAUGUGGACACACACACACACACACACACACACACACACACACACACACACACACACACACACACACACACACACACACACACACACACACACACACACACGUUCACACACGUGUGCAUGCCCACACAUCCAUGCACCCUAAAAAAACCACACACACACACACACACACACACACACACACACACACACACACACACACACACACACACACACACACACACACACACACACACACGCACACACACACACACACACACACACACACGUGUCUGUGUGUGUGUGUGUUAAAGCCUUAGUGACAAGUGGAAUUUCCAAGCAAACCUAAAUUAAAUUCAUGAAGCCUGUAAUUUGGUCAUUCAUUUCAACUGACAUAACACUCAAUGAGUCUUUGCACUUCCAUCCAUACAACACUGAAGCCUCAGAGCCUGUGCGGCUGGACACUUCCCGGCUUCCACAGCGCACUUGCUUCACUUCUCUCCUUGGUUGAAGCUGAAACACUUCUGCGUGGUUUGUCCAAGUUAACUUCAUUGAUAAUUUUAUUUUUGCACAAACCUUUGUCGCCUCAUCAGGAGGUCACUGAUGCAUGACAGCUAUGCACUAUCCCAUGACAAGGGUUUAUUUUAAUGAGAUUGAAUGCUCUUAUGCAUUAAAAGAUUAUUUUAUACUUGUUACAUAUGUAAACUUGAGCCUUGUUAAUUCUGCAUGAGAUGCAUGCAGCAUCCCCCUCCCCUUAAGAUAAUAAAGUAUAUUAAAAAGAGAAAGAAAAGCAUAUAUAAUGAUAUGUAACUUAUUUCGCAUGUUUUGUUUGAUUUGCGUCGACAGCAAGCUAUUUUUAUAUCAUUUUUUGUCAAUUAGGUUACAAGCUAAGCUGUUAUCUUGGUUCUUUUCCAAACUGUUUGUGAAAUCUCUUGUCCAAAAAAAUAAUAAUUAAUGCUACAGGAAGAUAUUUUUUAAAACGUUAAGAAUUAUGUGUCGGUAGAAUCUUAAAUGUUUAUUCAUAUUUCACUCAAAGUUAAUAGUUUAGCAAUACAGUUCCAAUACGGUCACUUACAAAAUAAAAUACUAGUCAACUUAAUUUAUUCAGUUUUCUCUUCAAAAAAAUAUGUUUUUGUAAUCUGUGAAGUUUAUGUUUAUUUAUUUAAUUUUAGAAUAUAAAAUGAAGAGAACAACUGUAGUUCACAUAGGUUAUCCCUAGUAAAGUAUCUAGUCUGUUAUUAUUGUUUAAGUUCUCUCACUUGUGUGUGAGAAGCUGAAUGUUCACUGUACAAGCGGAAAGAAAUUAUUCCUCGAUCAUCACAGUAUUUUCAUACUUUCUCAUCCCUUUCAUUUGGAUUUUAUUCUUCCCCUUGUAGUUACACUCUUCAUCCAUAUUAAUUCCAAGCUCACAUGGAAGGAGAGAGAGAAAGAGAGAGAGGGACACAGAGAGAGGGAAGGAGGGAAAACUUUAAUGGACUGUUAACUGGUGAUGGCUAGACCCACCAGCAGAACUGAUUUUUCCUUGGAGGUGACAGUUCUUACACUGAAGAAAGGCUGACUGUAUGGCCCUCUUUCCCCUCCUAUAUGCACAGUUUAGUUCAGAAUAUGGUGAGCAGCUUCAUUGCCCAACUUUUCUGUUGUUCCAUAUGAUGAAUAUAUUGAGUUCUGUCAGUGUUCUUUCUCUUGGAGUGGAGAAGAGGUGAUUUCCAAUGGACUAGCUUAGUCACAGUAUGUGGACACGCGGAUAACAAUCAAACUAUUCAAUUGAAAUACUGGUUAAGCACUUUCUCAAAUUCCAGAGCUUCAGUAAAUAUAUUAUAACAUUUAACAUGUCAGAUGAUUACAUUUUUAUCUUUUAGCCUACUAUGACAACACAAAUAGUUCAGUAAAUCAUAGAUAAAAGUACUUUUGCACAAAAGAGUAAGAUUAAUAUAUAGAAAUGUCUUCAAAUUGACAUAUUGGACGAAACAAAACUAUAUAGAUAUCCAUAUUAUAUACUUUGUAUUGUAUCAGUAAGCAUAGAGCAAUAUGGCCAGUGGAUUACUCAUCAGUUAUUUGCAUUGUAAAUAUAUAAAGAUCUUUCAUAUAGAUAAAAAUGUAUGUAAUACAAUGGUGCAUAUUUCGUCCAAGAUGUAAAAAGUUUCAUAACUUUUCAUCUAUAUUUUAAUCCUUUGUCUCUCAGUCUCAUCUUCCUACAUUUUCUAUGAAUUACCCAGAUUUUUUGGAAAUAAGUCAGAUGUUACUUACUAUCACUGGCAUAUUAUAGAGGCAGCUCUUAUAGCAUGAAGUCACACACUCAAGUGGUACUGGGUCUUUUGGGAAAUUUAAUAAGGUUGAUUUUUCUACUCCUACAACAAGUAAGAUAAGCCUUAUCAACACCCUACCUAAGGAUCACUAUUGCUAAUGUCACAAAUGUUCUAUUUUCUAGUCACAGUUCCCACUUUGUGCAAUUUUUAAAGAAGUACAGAGAGACUUGUGCCAAAUCUUAUCUUAUUAGUGAUAUGGGUGCCAAAUAUAGAUGCAAUGUAUAUAUAUAUAUAUAUAUAUAUAUAUAUAUAUAUAUAUAUAUAUAUAUAUAUGUAUGUAUGUAUAUAUAUGUGAGUGUGACACAGGCUGGCUCUCUUUUUUGCACCUCCUUGGCCCCUGAAGACCACGUGAGUGCCACACUAACUAGCACUGAGAAAAAGUACCUACUAUCGCAGCAAUGAUGUUACAGAUGCAACAUCACUAACCCUAAAACAAAAACUUAUAUAUUAUUUAUGCCCAAGGACAAGUAAAAAGGAGGCCUAGCAUAUGUUACUCCACUUUAUAAUCAUGUAUAUUGAAAAAAAUGGAAGAUAAAAAAAUGCCAGGAAAAAUACUCUCCUGUUGAUAGAAAACUUGAUUUUCCCCAAUACUUUUUUAUGUAUUUGGCCGUUAUGUAAUAGUCACUCUGGAGAUUAACGGAUGAAUGGUUAGCUAUGUCUGUAUUUCGUGUGGUGUUUUCUAUCACGAUGACUGUAAUAUAGUUUAGAUAAGAAGAAAAAAAUGUUUGUUUUGAGCCAAUAAAAAGUGGACCAGA